CCUUUCUUUCUGAACUAGAUCUAAACUGUCAUUCUGGCCAAAAUAACCUGUAUCGUUUUCUCAAUUUUCUUAUCUCCAAAACUUUUAUUUAUCGUACAAUCUAAUAACGUAAUAUUUUGGUUUUACUUAUCUCAUUAAAGUGCUACAUUUGCUAGCUUUAUCACGUUUAAAAGUAUCUCAUCCAGAAGACAAUAUCUAAGAUGGAAAUUCCAAUUCGUUCUUUGCGGAUAUUUAACCGGCUUUUUCGAAAACCUUUUGGUUUUUCAGCUUACAGAACUGUUUCUACUGCAACUGUUAAAGAGGAGGCCAGUGCAGAGCUCUUGAAUUCGUUCAACCAAGAUAUUAAAGCUGGUGGUGCAGUACCUGUAUUCAGAAGAGCCUUGCUGUUCCCUUCAAGGGUCGCUCUGCAGGAUGACUUUGGCACCUACACAUACGCUGCACUGUACCAAGCUGCAACUGCACUCAGUCAAGAUAUUGCUGCACAACUUGAGGGAGAAACUGAAUACACCAUUUCGUACAUGUGUACCAAUGAUGCAUCUCACAUUGUUGUACAGUGGGCUAUAUGGAUGACGGGGAAUAUAGCUGUCCCACUAACACCUCUCCACCCAGCUGAGAUGCUAAAAUACUACAUAACAGACAGCGGGUCCAAUUUAAUUAUUUGCUUGCAAGAUUUUGAGAAAAUUCUCCGUCCAGUCUCACAAGAACUCUCUAAACCCUUACUAGUUGUAUACAGGCCUAAGGAUGACAAAAGUGAACAGGGGAAAGAUCAGGGUAAAAUAGAUCAGGGGAAAGAUGUAGAGGGCAGAGAUCAGAGUAAAGUAGACCAGGUUAAAGAUCUGGGGAAAGAUGAACAAGGUAAAGUUGUUCAGGGAAGUGUACAGGAUGAUUCCAUAAGUGAUGUUGGCCCCUCAAAUAUGUGGUAUGGUGGCACAGAGGCUAUGCUGAUUUACACUAGUGGUACUACAAGCAAGCCUAAAGGCGUGGUAUGGACACACAAUAUGCUGGCUACACAGAUAUCGUCACUGCACACCGCGUGGCAGUACACCGCGCAGGACGUAGUGCUGCACACACUGCCCUUGCAUCAUAUACACGGACAGCUGAACUCCCUCAAUGCAUCGCUAGCUGCAGGAGCUAGAAUACGAAUGCUCCCCUCGUUCGCGUCCCACACAGUGUGGGCGCGCCUGCUAGGCACGGGCGAUCGGGAGGAGUCCCGCAUAUCAGUGUUCCACGGGGUCCCCGCAAUGUAUGCGCGCUUGGCUGCCGACUACGACAAAAUGUUCGCCGACAAAAAGACGCGCGACUACGUCCGCACGACGCUGUCGGCCAAGAUGCGGCUUAUGUGCGCCGGCUCUGCGGCCCUGCCUGAGACGCUGUUUAAGAAAUGGGAAGAGAUCUCAGGAAUGAGGUUGCUGGAGCGUUAUGGCAUGUCAGAAUGUGGCAUGGCGCUGAGUAACCCCUACCGCCCCCUGGAGGGCAGGACGCUCGGUCACGUGGGGCUGCCCCUGCCAGGGGUCGCCGCCAGGCUGGUCCCCGCCGACAAGGGGCUGCAACCGGUACUCACUGUGGAGUCGCCUGCGCCUGAUACGCAGAUAUCGCUCGACAAACUCGGUUUAACCUCAAAAAAGGGAUCCUAUGAGGGUAGUUGGACAACUGCCGUAACGGAACACGCGCUGAGCCAAGAUGGCGUCUUCGAAGGGGAACUGUACCUCAAAGGACCUGCUGUAUUUACUAGAUACUGGAACCGCGCCCCAACACUCGACUCACCAGACUUCACCGAAGACGAUUGGUUCCGUACGGGAGAUACCGCGUCAUUCGCCGACGGAAAAUUCAAAAUCCUCGGCCGAACCUCCAUAGAUAUCAUAAAGACUGGCGGGUAUAAAGUAAGUGCCUUACAAGUCGAAUCCGCCAUUUUAGAACACCCUAGCGUAGCCGACGUGGCAGUUCUAGGCAUAGACGACGAUAGCUAUGGAGAAAUCAUAGCCACUGUUGUAGUUCUUAAAGAAAAAUGUAGUUUAACCUUGAAGGAGUUAAAAGAAGAAGCGGGUAAAAGGUUAGCGCCGUACCAGUUGCCAAAGACUAUGUUGAUAGUCAAUGAAAUGCCUAGAAAUGCUAUGGGAAAGUUAGAUAAGAAAGAAAUAAAAAGGCGGUUUGGCGAGCAAUUAGUUUUAAAGAAGAAAUAGAGACUAAGGUUAACCGCGUUAAAUUGCUACGAAAACCCAAUCAAAGUGCUUAAGUCGGUUAGACGUGAAAAAUUCGGGAGGCGUAUUGGUUUUUUUUUUGUGCCAAGGUAUAUUUAUGCAAUAAUUAGAUAUUUUUAAGUUCAAAGUGUGUACUUAUGUAUAGUGGUGUAUCAUUUGUUGCAUUUAAAUUUUGUGUUUAAACUUAUGAAAAAGGUAUUGAUUUUGGUUUAGCCCCUUAGUUCUAAGCCAAAAGACAAGAAGAAUAAUAGCGUUCUGGUAUGAUGCUGUGUAGAAACCAAAGGGGUAUGGGCAUGGGUUUAAUAAAAACUGCCAUACCCCUUCCAGGUUAGCCCGCUUCCACCUAUGAUUGCGUCAUCACUUACCACCAGGUGAGAUUGCAGUUUAUCGGAAUAACAGAAUUAAUACAAGUUGGUAUAGCAGAAUCUUUUUACCUGAAGAUGAAGACAGUCCUAGAAAUUUUACUGGCAAUGCCAAGAAUGGGGACAACAGGAUGAAUCUUCAAUAAUUUUAUUCAAAUACCGCUGUCCCCGGUAAACGAUGAAAGACAAUAGCAUGAGUUUUUAAUAAUUUUAUUCCCUGAAUUGAAUAAAAUUUUUCCGUUUCUGGUUCCCGAAAAAACCGUUUUUCCGAAGACCCUCGCAAGUUACCUUUAAAAUGGCUAUUGUAUAGUUAAAAAAUUUAUUUUUAAUGAUGAUUUUCCCCCGAUGGAUUUUAAAAUAUUAUGUCACCAAGAAGUUUAUGGUUUGGAUUUUAAGAUAUGAGUUUAGAUAUAGUAGUUUAUGAAACUCUACAUAAUUAGGCAUUAAAACACUUGUGU